AUGCCCAGACUCUCAGAGCAGGAACGAGGAGGAGAUGGCGUCGAGCACCAUGUGCUCAACUUCACAGCUUUUAUGACGGAACUUUUGAACCAUGUCCACCAGGCAGCAGAUGAUGGAGACACCUUUUGGGAGGACAGGAAAAGGCAGUUAGACUCUGACUUGACUCGGCUCCGGCAACACUGGUCAGAGCUGCCGCCUUUACCUCGAAGUGGACUGUCAGCCGCCACGCUAUCUGCUGUGGCACAACAUCACGUCGAUGUCCAACUGGUGUUGAUGAUUCUCUACUGCCAAAUCCUGCGGACGAUAUCCCGCAAAAUGACGGUAUCAAGACGGCUGCAGAUUUUGCGCAAGUCGGCUGCGCAGACCUACUAUAGAGAUCUGUUAGGGAGUCUACGAUCGACCAUUGACAUUUUCGACUACGCUUACAAGCUGGACGCGACGGGUACCGCUUCUUCUUGGCCACGAUGCUUCGGACUCUUCUGUGCGGUUUCCAUGUUGGGCAUUGCUAAACUCCGACAAGACGGUGACGUGGACACAGACAGGGAGCGCAUCGAAAACGGGUUGAAGAUCUUCAGAGACCUUGCGGACACUGCAGAAACCUCCGGACUUGCCGAGUCAGCCGCAGAAGCACUUGACAGGAUCCUAGAAGGAAUCGAGGAGCUUGCCCAGCAACCCAGCGGCGCCACGGGAGCCGCCUCGACUACGGCAGCUCCGAUUGAUGGUGCAGACGCGGACAGUGCCAACGUCCCGCAACCCUCGGCUCCUCGGCCGUCGCCGCCUGCGCGAACAGAGAGCAGUGACGCUCCGGCACUCAAACGCACCAAGAAGUCCAACCUGGCAGAAAAUUCUCGGCGCCGGAAAAGACCAAGGACUGGCGCCGGGCCAGUAGCUUUCGACUUAUCCGAACAGAACCCAAGCUGGGCUGUGGGUCAGGAUCAUUCCUAUCCUCAGACGGUGUCUUUUGAUGGCGCAACGUCUACGCCUCCUCAGGAGGCCUCGACAUCUCAGGGCUUUGAAGCACCGCCGUUUCCGCAUCCACAAAGUGCGGCAUCCUCCUUCACUGAGCAGGCGGGGUACUUUGAGACAGAAUUACUGCCGAGUCAUCCUAACAACAUGGAAGAGUGCCAUCCAGUUCACCAUUGGGUACAUCCGCCAAUGGUGUACGCGCCGCCGUUGUACGACGACUGGUGGCAGUAUCAGUUCCAGUCCGGUGGGAAUGCUGCCCUCGAGGGCAAUUUGCAGCCCAUGUAUCACAACAUUCACCCUCCGUUGGCCCUACCAACAAGCCCAUGGACGAUGGACACAACUGCACAGUAUCAUGGACAACAUUUCGGACGUGACCAGCAGGCCGAUGCUCUGGCAAGGCGCCAGUCAAUGCCUCAACUGAGGAUUCCUUCCCCCGCCAGCGACCAACAGCAGCACAACAGAAGUCUGCCUCCGUCCAGGAGGCCGUCGCAGGUGGCGAUGGAGACGAUCGUGGCCAAAGCAGCACAGAAUGCUGCAGAAGAACAGUCCAGUCAAGGCCACUACUAUGAGGGGACAAUCACGAAUGAAGGCAUCAUCGAGUACCAUCCGAUUCAUGUAUCGGCUCCAACUCUGGUCACCACAGGACCGUUUACGGGCGAUGGGCAUGGCCAUCAUUGGGGCUGGGCCGUGAUCAAACAGCGUCAGCGCGACGCCCGCUUCGCCUCCCUUCCCGACCCGUACAAAGGGCCUCUCACAACCUCACAACGGUCCAUUCUCUCUGCGCCUAUCUCCCAGCUGGUCAGCGACGUCCAAUCCGGCAGCUUGUCGCCCAUCGAUAUUCUAAGGACGUACGGCAAGACCACGUCCAUUGCACAUGCGCGCACCAAUUGUGUGACCGAGCUGCUUCUCCCAGAGGCCGAGUCUUGGGCUAGGGAUGAGAAAGAGGUGAAUCUGAAGGGUCCCCUUGCGGGGAUUCCUGUUUCUUUAAAGGAUAGCAUUGCCGUGGGCGGUUUCGAUGUCAGCGUCGGAUAUUCGCGGAAUGUGUUCAAACCAUACGCUGAAGAUGGAGUCGUGGUGAAGCUCCUGAAGAGGGCCGGCGCGAUACCACAUGUCAAGACUGCAUUGCCCAUCACCUUGCUGAGCUUUGAGAGUACCAAUGAUUUGUGGGGCGUGUGUCGCAACCCGCACAAUCCGAAGUAUUCGCCCGGCGGGAGUACGGGCGGAGAAGGAGCUCUGCUUGCCUUGAACGGGAGCCGAAUUGGUAUCGGGAGUGAUGUGGCCGGUUCAGUCCGCGCCCCUGCUGCGUGGAGUGGCAUCAAUUCUCUACGAUGCAGUACGGGACGAUGGCCGAAGGUGGGCAUGAAUACGUCCAUGCCCGGACAGGAAGGAAUCCCCAGCGUCUUCUCUCCCAUGGCGAGGACGCUGGACGACCUGACCUACUUCACCCGCGCGUUCAUCGGCAUGAAACCCUGGGAAGUGGAUUACACGGUCCACCCGAUACCCUGGAGACAGGAGGUCUACGACACCGCGCUGGAGCAGAAACCCCUCCGCAUCGGCUUGAUGGCCACAGACGGCGUGUGCACCCCAUCACCGGCCAUCGCGCGCGGACUCGACAUGACAGCCUCCGCCCUCCGCUCCGCAGGGCACCAAGUAGUCUCGAUUCCCGUUUCCUCCUUCCCUGCGACUGCCACGCCUGCCCUAGGCCUUCAAAUUGCGGCAACCCUCCUCUGCGCCGACGGCGGCAAAACAUUCAAAUCUUUCUUCCGCACAGGAGAGAACAACGAUCCGGGAGCGGCACAGAUCAACUUCUACAUGGGUCUGCCUCGUCCCGUCAAGUACCUGUGGUAUCUCUUUACGAAAUACAUCAAGCGUGACCCCGUCUGGGCCCAAAUACUGCGGUACUUCCACCCUCUUUCGGCGUUUGAAAACUGGCAAUGGGUCGCCAAGCGGGAGAAAUUCAGGGAGACGUGGUUCAGUUGGCUGAAUGCGCCGGACCAAAACUUUGACUUCAUCCUGUGCCCCGGAAACGCCACGCCCGCGCUGCCUCACGGCUGCAUGAAGGAGGCGGUGAGCAGUUGUGGAUACACAUUCCUGUGGAACCUGCUGGACUACUCCGCGGGCAUCAUACCGGUCUCGACAGUCGAUGCCCAAAAGGAUGCUCUACCCACGCCGUUCAAGCCCGCCAACGGCAUCGAGAGGGGCGCGUAUAAGUACUACGACGCCCAGGAAAUGGCGGGGCUCCCCAUCGCGGUGCAGAUCGUGGGGAGACGGUUGACGGAGGAAAAAGUGUUGGCGUACAUGAAGGUCGUGACGGACUCGUUGGCGGAGAGCGGCACCGUGUAUGAACAUCUUGACGUGGAGAAUUUACCGGAGGUGGAGGAGUUGGAUGGAGCGAAGCACAAAACGGUCGAGGUGGAUCCCAAGAAGAUAUGGUAG